AAAACAUAUGUAAAGUUAGGCCGUGACCCCUGCAAAUGGCAAGCCAAAGUUGUGCACGCAAUUUUGAAGGAAGAGAAAGAUGUUGUCUGUGUGGCUCCAACUGGGCCCGGAAAGACACUCACAUUUUGGAUGCCACUGCUAUUUCAUCAAGAUGGCAUUCAAAUUGUUGUGACACCACUCAACAUUCUUGGGAACCAGAAUAAGAUGGAACUUGAAUUGUCUCAGGAUAUUAAAGAUGGUGUCUAUCAUGCAAUCAUUGUCAACCCGGAAGAGCUCAUGAAGGACAACAGUGCCUUCGAACAGCUAUGGAAGAACAUCAAUUUCACGUCCCGCAUCAUCAGUAUCGUCUGGGAUGAAGCGCACUGUAUCAGCAUCUGGAGCAGUUUUCGCACCAACUACAGGGAAGCUCACCGUCUGCGAUAUCUCAUACCACAUGUUUGUUUUGUCCUUGCCACAGUGACACUCCCCAAUGAGAUUCAAGACAAUGUUAUGAGAAUCUUG